AUGGACGCGCAGUUGCACGCCCUCCCCGCCGACGCCCUCCGCUGCAUCUACGCCCGCCUCGCGUGCCUCGUCGACCGCUGCGCCAUGGCCAGCGUCUGCCGCCUAUGGCGCGCCGCCGUCACGAACCUCGCGCCCCGACUCCCCGACGCGCCCUUGCCGGCCCAGCUCCCAUGGCUUCUCCUCCCGCACGCUGAGGGACCAACCUUCUCCUGCCUCCUCAGCGGCAGCGCCCUCCACUACCUCCACGUCCCGGACGACGCACGCGUGGCGCGCUGCUUCGGCUCGUCCGACGGCGGGUGGGUUUUCCUCGCCUUCGGCCAAACUGAAGGACACGCGCUCCUCAACCUCCACACGAACCGGCGCAUCGGCCUCCCCAACGCUACGCGCAUUGGCCGAGGACUUGAGGAGUACACCAUGGUCAUCCACGCCGCAACCCUCUCCUCCCCGCCGCUUGACGAAGGCUGCAUCGGCGCCGCCAUCGUCACCCAUGCACUCCGCCCCACCCGUCCGAACAUUACGUUCUGGCGCAUGGGUGAUGCUGUAGCCUCGGGAGCAUUCGGAACCUCCUGGUCUUUGAGGGUGGUCGACAUCAUAUCUCGCAACGGAGCAUUUCAUUGCCUCACCCGCGAGGAACGCAUCCUCCUGUGCUCGCCGGUGUUCAAUGAGGAUGGGGUCGUGGAUUAUGAAGGUAUGCAACUGCGCCUACUGCCCGUCCGUGGUUACGACCAGCACGUCCAUGGCCGCUACCUCGUGGAGUCCCGAGGGGAACUGCUCAUGGCCGUCAGGUUCACUCCUGCUGCUGAUCGUCAGAUGCCAACGUCGUCCUUCAGGGUGUUUCGGUUGAUCGAAUCACAUAUUCUCAACAGCGACAAGGUCGAUUACACCUGGGACGAGCUGCACACGCUGGGUGGCCGGAUGCUGUUCAUUGGGCAAGGAUGCUCCAGAUGCUACGAGAUGGGCGACUUUCCCGGGUUCCAGGAUGGCAUUUACUUCAUGGAUGAUAGGAGAUUCUACAACAACGUAUUGCCGGGAGAGGAUGAUAGCUCGUACGACAAGGUGAUGCCAAUGGGCCCGGAUGGCCGGGAGUACCCCUGCAGCGACAACGGGAAGUGGCCGGGACCAUCCCCCGGCGGCCACGUCGAACGCUGCUUCUUCCAGCUGGAGCAGGAACAGGGCGAGCACACUUCUCCUGUUUGGUUUCUCCCUUAG